AUGGUCGCCGCCCAGCCGCUGCUGUGUUUGCCUUUCAUCUGUCUCCGUCAGUGCCUCAGUUCUGGUAGGUGUAGUUCUCUACUCUUAGAUCCUUGCUGUGUUGUUCACUUCUUGCUGCUGGUUGCUGUGUUGGCAGUGUUUUUCACUUCUUGCUGCUGUGUUGUUGCUGCUGGUUGCUGUGUUGUUCACUUCUUGCUGCUGGUUGCUGUGUUAUCGUCGUCACCUGAGUUCUUUUUCCUCCCACAUUCAGUAGGCCUAUCCCAGAGCCUUCAGUUGGAUUUGAUCUUAUAUGUUUUCUGUGGCCUUAUUCAGAGCUGCAAGGCAUGGGUUUUCAAGUACAUUCAAGAGGGCAAGAGCAAGAAGAGAAAGAGAGAAAAAAGAGAGGGAAGGGGAGAUAGCUUAUUCACGUUAUACUGUCUAGUUGAGGAUUUUCCGACCAUUGCAUCAUAUCCUACAGCAAGUUGGUGUUUCCAGUUUUCUACUCUUCAUACGUGCAUACAUCCACAAACUUGCAACACAGCAUGGCAUCUUUCAAGGGUUCCAUAUCUACCUUCUCAAUCGGGAUAUCUUUGGCAGAGAUCAAAUAUAUUUGGAAUCCCUGAUAUUUUGAGAAACUCAAAACCUGCCAGAUAUCUAAGUAAUGAAUCAGUUCAGGUGAAGACUGAUUAUGAUGUUGUGAGGUUCUCUCUUGGGUCACCUGAUGAUAUUAGUUCCAUAAAAAAGAGCCCAAAGAAGAAAAUGUCUAGAAAAGCUAAAUUGAAUGAGCUCAGAUUCUACCGCUUGAAGGCUAAAAAGAAGAUGAAUUCCCCAAAUCCAGAGGUUCGAAUUAGAUAUAAGCUUGAAAAGGCCAAGCGAAAAGAAACAUGGUUGAUUGAGAAGCUAAGGAAAUAUCAUGUGCUGAAAAUCCCUGCAGAAACAUUUGAUCCUGAAAUUUUAACUGAGGAAGAGAGGCAUUACCUGAAGCGAACAGGUGAGAAAAAGAAGCAUUUUGUUAUGGUUGGGAGACGAGGAGUGUUUGGUGGGGUAGUUCUUAACAUGCAUCUUCAUUGGAAGAAUCAUGAGACAGUAAAGGUUAUAUGCAAACCUUGCAAACCUGGGCAGGUUCACGAAUAUGCUGAAGAGCUUGCUCGACUGAGCAAAGGCAUUGUGAUUGACAUCAAGCCUAAUAAUACUAUCAUUUUCUUCCGUGGUAAGAAUUACGAACAGCCAAAAGUAAUGUCACCUCCAGAUACAUUAUCAAAAGCAAAGGCCUUGGAGAAAUAUAGAUACGAGCAGUCACUUGAACAUACAAGCCAGUUCAUUGAAAAGUUGGAGAAUGAGCUUGAAGAGUAUCACCAGCACCUUGCAAAAUUUAGAAAAGGGAAAGAUGAUACACCUAAAGAUAUUAAGGCACCAUCAUCUACCAGGACAAAUAAAACUGGAGGAUUACACACUGUUUUAAAGGAAAAAUGUAAGUGGAAAGAACAAUGAACGGGAAUAAAUGGAUAAUGACUAAGCUUUAAUGUUCAAACACCAUAUUGCAUCAACUACUUUUUUUCCCACCCAAUUUAAUUUGUGGUUAUUUGGUCAGAAAUUGUAGAAGCAUGAAUCUACCAAUGGUGGACUUUUAACGUAUACCCGAGCUUCGGACAAUGUUAUAUUGUUUGCGCUUAAGGGAGUAUAAGAUCUCACAUUUGAAUAUUUAUUUGUAGUCUCGAGGCCUAGAAUUGUCAAGUUGCUAUAUAUCAAACAUGCAAUUAU